AUGUCCCCAAAGUGGAGCGACGUCAAGUCUGAAAGCGAGGCAUUCGCGGCUGAGGUCCGUGAAAUCGAAGCAUGGUGGAAAUCAGACAGACAGAAGCACAUUAAGAGGGCGUACACAGCGAAGUCAAUUGCCGCCCUGCGAAAUAUUGGAUUCAAGAUCGAGUACCCAUCGAGCGUCCAGGGUAGGAAGCUUUGGCGCAUCCUCAACGAGCACAAUGAGAACGGCACCUACGAACUGACAUUUGGCACUACCGAGCCCCUAAUUGCGAAGGAGAUGGCCAGCUCAAUGCAGACAGUUUACGUAUCCGGGGCUCUCUGUGGACUGUCGCAGGCAACAUGGCCAGGCGAAGACCAUGCAGACUAUCCCGCAGACUUGGUUCCAUCCGUCGUAAAGCGUAUUUUCAACACGCAACUCUUUCACGACCAGCGCCAAACUCAGCUGCGGAUGAGAUACCCCGAAACCGACCGUGAGUCAUUAGAAUGCAUCGACUACAUGCUACCUAUCGUCGCCGAUGCCGAUAUGGGAUUCGGGACACUGACUGGCUGCAUGAAGUUGACUCGCAGCUUUGUUGAAGCUGGGGUUGCCAUGAUACACAUAGAUGAUCUUGCCAUGGGUCUGAAGAAGUUCACGAACGGCGAGGGUCGUACUAUUGUCCCCACAUCGGACUACUUGUCCAGGUUGACGACUGUCAGGAUGACUUUCGAUAUCAUGGGGGCGGACACGAUGCUCUUAUGCCGAUGUGAUAGCGACCAUGCUGAGUUCAUCACGAGUGUGAUUGACCCCAGAGACCACCCUUAUGUUCUUGGAGCGACUAAAGUGGUCUCUUCCUUUAUCCAAGCUCUGGAGGCUGGAAAGCUUGCGGGAAAAGGUUACCUUGCAGUCAGAAGCGAGUGGAAAGCCUCGGCUGGAUUGAUGACCUUUGGCGAGGCCGUCAAGUCCACAGCGACCGAGGAGCAGUACAAUGCCUACAUAAAAGAGAUUGGAGACGCAGUCGUAGCGUUGCAAGACCGGCGAGCAACCGUUAAGCGUAUUCUCGGGAAGGACCUCACGUUCGACUGGGAACUUUCAAGGACACCUCUUGGCCAGUACAUGUGGCAGUGGAGUACAAAGGCUGUCAUUGACCGAUGUAUUCUCGCAGCCCCCUUGGGAGACGUUACAUGGAGCCGUCAAGGCAGGUUACCCCAUCCCCUUAGCACCCAGUCGCCUGACCAACUUGAUGUAGAUAAACCAAACAAGGAAGACAUGCACGAAUUCCAUACCGCCUUGAGAGAGGCUUACCCAAAACGCCUCUUUGCCUUUGGAUACACUGGCGCAUACGACUUCAGCAAGGGCGGAUACUCUCCGGAAGAAGUCGAGACCUUCCCCGCGGACAUUGCAAAGAUGGGCAUCGUGUGGCAGGUACAGCCAAUUUGGGCCACGCAGGGCUUGAGCCUGCAUGCCAAGAAGUUUGCGGAGAGGUCCAAAAGGAAAGGGAUUGCCGGUUACAUGCGGGAUGUGGCUGCUCCCGCGAUCGCGAGCAUGGCCACCGAUAUGUAUGGGAAGCCGACAUCUCGUGGCGGAUACCUGGCCGAUGCGUUCUUUGAUGCUGUUGGAGGAGGGGAGAUCACGGAGCGUGUCUAG